AUGUAUCACCUCCAUCUUCAAACCUCUAUCUCUCCAUUUCUGUCGUCCUUUAUUCAACCCUCUCUCUCCGCUUCUUCCGUCAUUUAUUAUCUCAUAUCCAUCUAUCUAUCUAUCUAUCUAUCUAUCUAUCUAUCUCAGUCUAUUGUAUUCAAUUCAUCUAUCUAUCUAUCUAUCUAUCUAUCUAUCUUAUCUAUCACAUUCUGUUCAUUAUCUAUCUAUGAAUAUUUAUCCAUAUCUAUCAUCUAUCAUCAUGAUUCCAAUUCAUCAUUCUGUUCUGUCAUCCAUCCAUCAAUCACAUCAAUCAAUAUAUCUGUUCAUUCAUCUAUCUAUCUAUCUAUCUAUCUAUCAAUCUUCUAUCUCUAUCACAUUCUGUUCAUCCAUCUAUCUAUCAUCUAUUUAUCUAUCUUUUUAUCUAUCUAUCUAUCUAUCUAUCUUAUGAAAAAAAAUCUAUCAUCUAUCCAUCCAUUUAUCUAUCCAUUAUUUCCAUCCAUCUAUCAUAUCUCAUUCUGUUCUUAUCUAUUUAUUCUAUCUAUCUAUCUAUCUAUCUAUCAUUCAUCUAUCUAUCACAUUCUGUUCAUCUAUCCAUUCAUCUAUCUAUCUAUCUAUCUAUUCUGUCAUCCAUUCUAUCAUCUCAGAUCUAUAUCUAUCACAUUCUGUUAUUAUCCAUCAUCUAUCUAUCUAUCUAUCAUUCUCAUUCAUAUCUAUCUAUCUAUCUAUCUUCAUCUAUCUAUCUAUCUAUCUAUCUAUCUAUCUAUCACAUUCUAUCUAUCCAUCUAUCUAUCAUCUAUCUAUCUAUCUAUCUAUCUAUCUAUCUUUAUUCAUUCAUCUAUCUUCAUAUCUAUCUAUCUAUCUAUCUAUCUAUUUAUCUAUCUAUCUAUUCUGUCUAUCUAUUCUAUCUAUCUAUUAUCAUUUUGUUCAUCUAUCUAUUCAUCUAUCUAUCUAUCUAUCUAUCUAUCUAUCUAUCUAUCUAUCAUUCUGUUCUAUCUAUCUGGUUUGAUCUCAUUCAUCUAUCAUCUAUCUAUCUAUCUAUCAUAUCUAUCUUCAUCUAUCUAUCUAUCUAGGCUAUCUUUCGAUCCUAGAUAG